UAUCAUAUGUAACCAGUCGGGCAUAAUGAACUGGCACCUCUGUGUACAGUAAGUUCUGUAAACUGCGACUCCCGUCGUUCCUUGCGUCAUUGUGUCAACAUGGCGCCUGUCUGCAGGACAAAAGGCGAAUCUGUCUGACGGCGGAUUGAAACCCAAUUAGAAACAGAGGAGACAUUUUGGGAAAACUGUCAGCGUCCUUGAGCCCUGGCGCCCCGAGGCUAUAGAUAUAUGGUUAAACAAACAUCUGCGGAGGCUCUGAGACUGGAAUAUUAAGGAUGUUCCAGCAGUGUGAGGAGCCUCGUUUCACCAUCGAGCAGAUUGACCUCCUCCAGAGGCUCCGGAGGACGGGCAUCACUCGGGCGGAAGUCCUCCACGCCCUGGACACCCUGGACCACCUGGAGCGGCAACAUGGACACAAGCUCACCCACAAAGCUCCCUACAUGCCUGCCUCGUCUUCCUUGUCCUCUUCCAGUGCUGUCGUCGCCUCUUCCUCCAUGUCUUCCAUCGCCACCCAGACAAAUUUCCCCAACAGCCGACUCACACUGUCGCCCAGUACCAACUUCGACACAACCUCCCCGCCUCUACCCAUUCCAGUAGCCUCACCCGUCGCCAUGGCAGCAGUAGUCCAGAACGGCCUGGUGGCGGUCAGCAAUGGGAAGCUGUCCCCGCCCCGGUUUCCUCUCGCUCUAGUCAGUGGCAGCGUGACGGCGCCGGGAUACGGGUUUGAGACCAGUGAGGAGGACAUAGAUGUAGAUGACAAGGUGGAGGACUUGAUGAGGAGGGACAGUGCUGUGAUCAAAGAAGAGAUUAAGUCUUUCCUGGCCAACAGGCGGAUCUCCCAGGCCGUGGUCGCUCAGGUAACGGGGAUCAGUCAGAGCCGGAUCUCCCACUGGCUGCUGCAGCAGGGCUCGGACCUCAGCGAGCAGAAGAAACGAGCCUUCUUCCGUUGGUACCAGCUGGAGAAGAGCAACCCCGGUGCCACUCUUGCCAUGCGAGCCGCCCCAUUGGCUAUGGAGGAGAUGAUAGACUGGCAGCAAGCCCCGCCUCCUUUUGGCUCGGCUCCCGCGGGCUUCCGUCUGCGGCGGGGGAGCCGGUUCACCUGGAGGAAGGAGUGUCUGGCUGUGAUGGAGAGCUACUUCAUUGAUAAUCAGUACCCUGAUGAGGCAAAGAGAGAGGAGAUUGCCACCGCCUGCAACGCAGUCAUUCUGAAACCAGGAAAGAAGCUGUCUGAUUUGGAGAGGGUAACUUCUCUAAAGGUCUACAACUGGUUUGCCAAUCGGCGUAAAGACAUCAAGAGGCGCGCUAACAUUGAAGCAGCCAUCUUGGAGAGCCAUGGCAUCGAGGUCCAGAGUCCAGGCGGUCAGUCCAACAGCGAUGAGGUGGACGGCAACGACUUCCCCGACCAGGGCUGCGAGGUGUCCUUAUUUGACAAGAGAGCUUCAGCCAGGCAGUUCGGAUUCAGUCGGGCUGACCUGUCCUCUCCAACCCAGGUCCCCACGCUGCUCCCCAGCUGGUUCUCCGCUCUGAGCAGAGGAAGCUUGUCAGGACAGAGGGGUACGACUCUGAUUGGCCGCUCCUUAGUGUCAGCGGCUGGCCCUCAGGCGGAGGCGUCCAGAUUGACAGGCGUGUCCUGGUCCCCCCCCUCCCCCUCCCUGCAGGACGAGCCCACGCUGUCCGAGCCCCAGGACCCAAUCAGUUUGGAGAAGGCGUCUGUCAAUCACAGCAAUCAGGUGGAGGGGGCGGGCUGCAGCGGUGGGAUCGACAUCAAGACGGAAACGCUGGAGGACGACUGAAACGGUCAGCGGACGUUUUAAUUGGUCGAAUGGAGAAGGAUCAGAGGUGUGUUAAUAUGCAAGCAGAUUUUAUAGGAAUGUAAUAAGUAGAAAAAAAUAAAAGACCAAAAGUCGUGUAAACUCCAA